AUGGAGCGAGGAUCACCGAUCACGUCAGGACGUCGGUUGACGGCGGGCGAUUCCGCGGAGGACAGCCCGGUUGAGUUUGUCGUCGUCGAAUCGGACGUGUCGGACGCCGGGAUCAGCUCCCCGGAGAAGAAAUCGAAGAAGAAACGGAGCGGAUUGUCGUUUAAGAAGCUGCGCACGAACGCACAGAAGUUGAUCCCGAGACGCGGUGGUCGUAAGGAUUCCACCGGUGGGAAGUCAACGGACGCAAGCUCGUUGGGUGGUGACUCGGGGGUUGCGAGUGGGUUUAGUACGGACGAACCACUUCCGGGUACGCCAUCACCACCACCAGCUUCACCGACGGGUACGGAGACGUCGCUUGACACCGUGCUCAAGUCGACGGAGAGUUUGCCCGCGAUCAAGGAAGAUCCGGUACGGGAAGCUGCGUUAGUUGGUGCCCGAUCGGAUGAGGACCUGCUGGUGGAGGGCAAGGACAAGCAGAAGCAGAAGAAAAUGCGCAAACCGAGCCGUGCGGCCAGCUUCAUGAAGAAGCUAGCUGGGCGAGGAAAAUCCGCCAAAGUCGCCCCAAACCCAGCGGUUGGAUCCGGGAACGAUGGUGAUACGGUUUCAUCCGGAACGCUCGAGACACCGCUUAGUAUCAAACGGCAGACACCAGAGGGCGCUAUGUUUGUGUCCGAUCCGGAGUUAUACCCGGACCAGGAGCAGAAUCCGGACGGUACACCGAUAGAUCCACCUUCACCGGUGUUGGUACGGCAGCUUGAUUCGGAACCGAUGGGCCGGCGUGGUAAACGCACCGAAAUGAAACUUACACUCACGAAGACCUCACCAAUGGUGACCUCUCUGGACGACGACGCCGACGACGGUGGCGACAGCAACGGUAAGGCUUCUUCCGAUCCACCGAACGACGAGAACCGCCGGGUCGGACGUAAGCCAAUUAGUUCGAACGAACCACUCGCUCCGAUCGGUGACACCGAAAGUGCCGCUGCUGCUGGUGCUGCUGAACUCCCGGCGAGGACAUCAAUCGGUGUGGAGCAACCGCAGCAGUCGAUCGCGACCGUUCGUGCGCAGCAGUUAUCGCCCUCGGUUGAGGCGCGCCUUUCGAGCCUGCUGAGUGGCGAGUACAUUGCGGAAAUCAAUCGCUUUUCCAUCGAAAACAUUGCAACCGGCGGGUCGGUGGUGGGUCCGCGUGGAUCGUCACCCUCGGUGCGGGAUCGAUUCUUCCAGCAGCCGUCGAAUCUUGACACGAGCGUUGUUGUAGCGCCACCGGCGUCGGUUGUUGUCGACGCGGAAAUAGACGGUUUUAUGAGGAAAGCGAGAGGUGCGAGCGCGGCCACCGGAUCCGGAGGAGCGACUCGGUCGAAGGGUGGCAGCAAAAGCCCGGCAACACCCGUUGGUGGUGAGAAACCGGUGGUUCUAGCUGAUCCUGGAGGGCAGCAGCUCGAGCAACAACAGCAGGAUUCAGCUGGGUCGGUUAGCAAAGCGGCUUCAUCGACUGUUCGCACACAGGAAGCCUCUAAACCGUACCAACUUGGCAACAGUCUCAAGAACCCCAACAACUCCGGCUUCAAAUCGAUCGAGCAACAACAGCAACAGCAGCAGCAGCAGCAGGAACAAGUGCCAGUGACGGUGACGGAACCGGAACCUGGGGACGCAACAAAACGCAAGCAAGAGAACCAACCGGACGAAUCCGGUCAAACCGACCCACCCAUAGUGUUCGAUAUCGGCACGCAGGUACGCCCGGACAGGACAUCCACUAUCCUUAAGUCACCCGGUACGCUCGCGGUGCCGGCCGAAACCGGUGGUGGCGUCCACUCGGGCACAUUCACGUCCCUCGGUAGCACCACCCGGUCACUCGAGGAGCUGGGUGUUGCCGGUGGUGUUGCUGGUGGUUCGUACGACGACAGUCCGAACACGACCAGUGAGGGUUCGCUGCGGCGCAUUGCGUACGUCGAGCAGCCGACCUUCUACACACCGGAAGAGGAAGAGCUGCUGACCGGCAAACCGGUGCGGUCCUCCUCCUCCCUGCUGUCGAGCGCCCUCGGCUCCGGUGACUACUCGCUCGAGUCGGAGGACUACCUCGACAGCAAGAUGUCCCCGCACGGUGAUCUGCUGCUCGAGCGGGGUGCCUCUGACCAACCGGCAACGAUGGCGACUGGACAGGCCGAGAAGCGCGAACAUCUGUACAAGAUCCUGGUGAUCGGUGAGCUCGGUACGGGCAAGACGUCCUUCAUCAAGCGGUACGUGCACCAGUUCUUCAGCCAAAACUAUCGCGCCACGAUAGGGGUCGACUUUGCGCUCAAAGUGCUCAACUGGGACCAGAACACGAUCAUCCGCCUGCAGCUGUGGGACAUUGCUGGCCAGGAACGCUUCGGGAAUAUGACGCGGGUGUACUACAAGGAAGCGGUCGGAGCGUUUAUCGUGUUCGACGUGACACGCAGUGCCACAUUCGAUGCCGUGAUCAAGUGGAAGCACGAUCUUGACUCGAAAGUGCAGCUCCCUGACGGCAAACCGAUCCCGUGCAUACUUUUAGCCAACAAGAGUGACCAGCAAAAGCAGGGCAUUGUGACUACGCCAGCCAAACUGGACGAGUACGUCAAGGAGCACGGCUUUGCCGGGUGGUUCGAAACGUCCGCGAAAGAGAACGUCAACAUCGAGGAGGCAGCCAAAUCGUUAGUUAAUAAGAUUCUGAUGAAUGACAAACUCCUAAACACUGGCGAAGUCAUCGACUCCGAACGGUUCGCCCUGGCCGGUGGCAAAACGGACACGAGUCAGAAGAAAUCCUGCGCAUGCUGACCGGAUCAGACCACGGCCUACUACGCUUCAACAUGCACAUGCACCGGAAGCGAGACUCUAUGCGUGUAUAUGCGUGUGUUUGACGUGCGCGGAUGUUCGUUUGUACGUGUGACCGCUGUGCUGUUGUUACGAUGUCAUUUUUGCUUACGAUGUCCCGUGCCGUUUGUCCGUCUGUUUGUUUGUUUGUUUGUUUUACGUUUAAUUAUUUUACCAUGCUUACAAGGAGCCCUCUUACGAGCGCCGUGCCCCGUUUCCUAUCUUUCCUGUUUUUUGUUUAACCAUUAAUGAAUUUUGAAUUUCGUUCGUUACUUAUCGAUAUUAUCGUAGGGGGGGGAAAACUAUAAUUACUACUAUCUGUUGUAUCACUAAAAACCUAAACCUUGUCGUACUGUACAACUAUGAUACAUGUUAGAGUUAUUGUGGCAAAUAACGAGAUAUAACGUCGCAUGCUUCCCUGCUCCGGCAAAAUCCCACGCUCUAGCUGGUUUUGUUGCACACGAAUCGCUACUUUUUUGUUGGCUCGUUUUGCUCAAUUAGUGUUCUAAUGAAGCGAAAGGGAUCUAAUGCCAAGCCCACGUACACACUCACACGCAAAGAGAAAGGCUGACGCGAAUGUUAAACCGAAACCAUCCAAAAAGGAACCAAUUCCAUGCCAACCCAUGCGCGUUUGUUGAGCACAGGAAUGUUACUGUUGAUACUAUACAAUGAUCUUGCUGGCGGUUUUAUUAUAUGAAAACGAUUCUCGCCCCUGUCCAAGAAAAACACGAGAACAAAAUUUGAAAAAGAAAAAAAACAUAUGCAUACGCUGAGCUUCCGGUGAUGCUUUUUAUGAUUUUAUUAAAUUGAACACGAAACGUUGUUGUUGUUGAAAGUGCAAACAAAUAUUUACCCUCGCGAGCAAAAGAAAAACAGUACCAACAUUUGCAACAACCUUAUUCGAGCCAAGAUAUUAGAUGAAGGAAAAGCGAAUAUAAAAAACACACAAACCCACGCACUGUGCAACAUAUUAUUGCCUGCCACGUGGUUGCCUCCCAUUCAUCAGCUUUAGCUGCCCCCCUUAAAAUAGGCCCAUCGAGAAAAAGGGCUUCCUAAUUCAAAAAAAAAGAAUAACUAACCUAGCAAAUAUAUCGCCACGCGAACGGCACACACUUUAUCCGGCAAAUUCGUUA